CCGGCAGUCCUACCGUAAACGGCGUACGCGGGCGGGCAUGACGGCGCACAACCAGGGCGAGGGAGGGGCACCACCACCAUUAACCCAAACAUCGCCAUCCCCCAGCAACGCCGACAAACCACCCGCCAAGCUGUAUCACGAACACCGCGGCGAACCGCUCGAAGGCGCUGCUCUUCAAGAAUGUAUCGAAGCCCUCAUACACGGAUGGACGACCUGCGUCGAUGAGCUCUCCCAGCUCCAUACAAAGGCCGAGUCAGCUUCCAAGCCCAUCCGCGGCCUCUACACCCUCCUCAAAGUCCAGCAACGCACCCUCGACAAGGUUAAAGCCAAGAAAGCGUCGCAACCGUCUCCUCCUCCUCCUCCUCCUUCCUCGACAGACGAAGAUGGCACCGAACCAAAACAACUCUUCACCCCCGCCCAGUACUUUGGCAUGCGCAGUUGCUGCUGGGACGACAGGUGGUCCGUCAUCAAAAAGUGUCGCGCCCUCGUCGCCAUCAAUAAAGAGUUUGCCCGGAGCCCGAAGCAGCCGGUUCCUGCGGGAAAAGGGUGGCUGGCAUACAAAGAUAACCCUCUGCUGGAGAGGCCGAUUGUUGUUGACGCCGUCAUCGAUAGCGGGGCGACGUGGUUGAAGUUUGUUUCCAUUUCACCCAAGACGCUCGCUUACCAAAUCGCGGUGGAUGGAUGGGAGACUGAUGAGGAGGAGGAGGAGGAUGGUACGGCGUACAGCGAUGAUGAAGAAGACCGAUACAACAUCAAUGGGAACGGAGUCGCGGGGAGAAGUGGCAUCCAAGAAGCGCUGGGGAAUACCGAGUUCGCCGAGUCCAUCAAGAAGGUCAUCCUCGCUGCGAGAUGGAACCACUGCCAUCAUGUUCAUCUUCUUCUUCCCGGUCUGCGCGAUGGCGAGUCCGAGCCCGUCGACAGAAUGCUACGCUACAUCCGCGAAAAGAUUGGUGGCGACGACGUCUCUGUUACCGUGAGCUGCGCCAACAGUCCCCUCCUCGCCGACACGCCACCACCACCACUCGACACCGCUUUGGCCGCCCUCAUCGACGAACGAGACCCCCUCGUCGCCGACGAUUGCGGCCGCAUCACAUCCACUGCGAACCUCGACCCGAGCGUGUUAGUGUCAUUGGUGACAGAUUUACAUCACGGCCUCGUCGAUUUGCAGCCCGAGUUCCAGCAGAGGGUGGUUGCCAGGUCGGUAUUGGACCACACGACGGACAGUAAUGAGCUGGUGCCGCGUGAGGAUAUCCUCGCCAAGGUACUGUACCCCGCGCUGAGGGGAAGGAAGCUGGUGACAACACGUCUGGCUGCGCAAUACUUCCGGCAACUGAUUGCGUCGAUCUCUACACACUCGGAAGAAGUGCGCGCUUCUUUCAUUUUGCCUCCUGAUGCGCCACCCGCUCUGCUUAGUCCUGAGGGAAGCUCCGAACCCCUCUCAACAGCCAGUCUCACCCCCGAACAACGUCGGGCUGAACUGCAGAGGUGGUCCGCCGUCCCUAUCCCCGAUGAUCUUCACCUGCCCGUCGAAAUCGUGGACGACAUUGAACUGGAACAAGUUUCCCCACUCAUCGCAGAGGGCAGACUCCCGCCUAUGGCCCUCGGUGUCGCUCAAGAUUUGUCAAGGCUGAACCGCUCCGUCUAUCUUUACGGGUGCGUAAAUCGCCUAACGACAAUCACUGGCCACCGCGGCAUCGAGCGCCAGAUCUACCUCUCACUAGCCACGCAUUGGACACCGCCGGCCACCCACGAUUACCGCGGAAGCGAAAGCGACGCAAAAAACAACGAGAUCCCUCCAGAUAUCUGGCACCGUCACCUAGGAGGUUAUUUGAUUCACAGAGACAAGCCACGGGACUGGAAAGCGUUGAUUGCCGAGUACGAAGAAUGCAAGGACGGAAAGAUACCCUCUGAGGUGCAAAGGUGGACAAACCCGUGGACAACCUGGGGGAGAGGUAUCAGCACGUAUGGAUUGCCGGAUACCAAGACUUGGGAAGGGGUCGGGCAUGCGGACAAGCAGAGUUUUGGACGGAAGCUGCAGACGAGGGAAGCAAGGGGGCAGCGGAAUCCUGGCGGUAGGGACGUCGAUGAUCAGGAAGGGGAGGAGCAGGACAUGGAUGAGGAUGAGGAGGAGGAGGAGGAGGAGGAGCAGUCGUAAUUUUGAUGCGGUGUGGUCGGCUAUCUGAUGGUGCUGGUGAUAGUGAUGAUUGACGGGGUCUGGAAUCGCUCUCCCGGUCUUCCCGAGUCCCAAGUCUCAGUCUAUCCCAUGUUGCCAUCUGGCCCUGGCAUAGUUGGCCCUUGUCUGGAAUGGAAGCAAAAGCAAGCACCAAACCCGAAACAGCUCAGCACAUGGCGGAACGACUGGAUGACACAAAGUAAAAGGGAUGAGUUGCCUCAACUGCAUCUCUCACAGGCAGGCAACUGAGACAGAACACCAGAAAAAGAAGCGACUACAUACCAACAGAAGGGGACAAAUCGCACCACGAGUUGUAGCGCACCGCUGUUUGAUUAGAUCGCGAGAUCAGAUACCAUGGUUGUGGGAACAUCUUGAGAUGGCGAAUAACAGUUGGAUCCCAAAAUCAGCAGUGAAUGAUUCACACGUCGCAGCCCAACCGCUCGCUAUUAUGAAGAUCCCGAGAUCAUUAAUCAGAUCUGCCAGAUUUCCACAAUUGUUUGGUUUGGCUUUGGGAACCUAUCAGGAGAGGGCCAAUUUGAGGGAAACUUGGUUUUUUCUUCUGGCAAACAAGCUUCGGAUCUCAAUCUGGUGGUGGAGCUCAUUUCCCGUCCCCCCCUUGGAUCUGCUCGCUUGGUUACCCCUGGUGAUGAUUUCCCCCCCUUGCCGCUGGUGUUUGUUAGGUUCUUGGCGGUCAUCCGCUUUGGCUGCCGCUAGAACUUUUCUUCUCUGGGUGGCUUCCAUUCCUCCCACCGGAGUUCCGCUCAGGGUCUAACUUUUAGCCAUCUUUCAGUGUUCUAGUGCCCUAUGCCACGCUGCAAUGCAUCCCCGGCCCGACCCUUGUUUUUUUUUUUGUUUUGUUUACGGGUCGGGUGUCCACCA